AUGAUCAAGUCGUUGCUUGCCCUCGGCGUCCUUGCCGGCAGCUCCCUCGCUGUCCCGGCACCGGCCCAGAACCUCGCUCGUUCUCUUACUGUUUCUCCUGACGGCUCUUGUGGCGGCUCUACCGGUUACACAUGUGUCGGCUCGACAUACGGCUCAUGCUGCUCGCAAUACGGCUGGUGCGGUGGUGACUCCGCAUACUGUGGCACCGGCUGUCAGUCCAGCGCCGGCACCUGCACGUCUUCCGGCGGUGCCACCACCACGACAUCGAAGCCAUCCGCCACUUCCAGCUCGAAGCCCACCUCCACUUCCACUAAUGGCACCUCUUCGGGCCUGACCAACUGCCUAGGGGAGAAGGACGUGCCCAUCAAACUGACUUCGGAUGCCGACUUCUCUGCCCUCGCCAAGCCGUACAACCUCCACCUGCCGUACACUCCUGCUGUCAUUGUCAUUCCCACCACCGUCCAGCACAUUUCCGAUGCCGUUACUUGCGCCUCCCAGAAUAAUGUCAAGGUCCAGGCCAAGGGCGGCGGCCACUCCUACGCGUCUUUCAGUUCCGGUGGUAAGGAUGGCAGCAUGAUCAUCAACCUCCAGGAGUUCCAGGAUGUGACUCUCGACGACAAGGGCAUUGCCAAGGUCGGUGGUGGCUUGAGGUUGGGCAACUUGGCCCAGGCCAUCUACGACCAGGGCAAGCGUGCUCUCUCGCACGGAACCUGCCCUGGUGUUGGUAUCGGCGGUCACUUCACUCACGGCGGUUAUGGCUACGCCUCGCGCAGCUGGGGUCUUGCCCUGGACCAGAUUGUUGGUCUUGAUGUUGUGCUCGCCAAUGGCUCGGCUGUCCACGCGACGGAGACCGAAUAUCCGGAUGUUUACUACGCUCUCCGUGGCGCUGCCGACUCCUUCGGCAUCGUUAGCUCUUUCUACCUUCAGACGCACGAGGCUCCCUCCGAGGUCGUCUACUUCUCGUAUAGCCUGCCAGGCAUGUUCACUGAUGCUAGCAAGACGGCUGGCUACUUCCAGCACAUCCAAGAUGUCUCGCUGAACAGCUCCGUUAUCGACUCUAAGCUUGGCGGUAUGGGCAUGUACAUGGACGGCUCCAGCUACUCGCUCUCGGGCUCUUACUUUGGCUCUCUCGACGACUUCAAUGCCAAGAUUGCGCCCGAGUUCCUCCGCGGUCUGCCCACGCCUACGACCGCGACGGUUGAGUCCCUCGACUGGAUCAAGUUUCUCGUCAAGCUCGGCGGCGCAGACACUCUCUUGACCCCCGAGACCGGCUACAACGCCCACGACAACUUCUUUGCCAAGUCCGUCACCGCGCCCGAGGCGAGCCCCCUGACCUCCGACCAACUGCAGUCCUACUUCUCCUACAUGAUCAAGCAGGGUCCGUCUGCGCCUGCCUCGUGGUACUCGAUCGUCAACCUCUAUGGCGGUCCCGGCUCUGCCAUCAACGAGAAGGACGUCAAUUUCGCCGCCUAUAGCGACCGCAGUGCCCUGUGGGUCGCCCAGCACUACAUCUUCACCGGCGCCGACGAGACCCUGCCCAGCGACGCCAGUCACCAAUGGCUCCAGGGCCUCAACGACGCCAUGACCGACAAGAUGCCCAAUGCCCAGUUUGGCGCCUACCUAAAUUACGUGGACCCCACCCUGAGCGCUGAGGAGGCCCACAAGCUGUACUACAGCGAUAGCUUGUACCAGAGGCUCGUUGGCAUCAAGAAGGAGGUUGACUCCAAGAACGUGUUCUGGAACCCCCAGGCGAUCAGCGUCUAA